AAAGAAAAAGGAAAAAAUUGGUGCGACCAUUUCAAAGCGAGGUUCUCGCAAAUCGUAAACUCAGGUCAGAGAAUUUGAGAGAAAGAGAGAGAGAGAGCGACGACGAUGGCGAUGCUAGAAAGCAUUGUCGGUGUCAUCGUUCUUAUGCUGCUCCUGAUCCUUCUCAUCGUCCUCUUUGUCUGCAAGCCAUGGCGUUUAUUCCCUCGCUUUCGUUCUCGAACCAUCAAGGCUGGUGAUUUGGAGAGACCUCUAGUCUCAGAUGAUGGUAAUUUGAUUCAAGAACAAAGCAAUGAGUUGACAAGAGAAUAUGAUUUGGAAGGAGCAUGUUAUCAAAAUGAAGGGCUUUUGCGCCCAUCUCGAGGAGAGGGACUUAUUCACAAACAGAGGAUUCCCUCUGCAUCUCCCCAUUUGACUCCAUUUCCAGGUGUGAUUUCUGAACUAUCAGAGGAUAUUUUGCUUGGCCAGACGCUUAAGCUCACGUCAGAUAAAGUUCAUUCCCCUGAAGGACAGAGAACUGAUAAACAGGAUGGUCAAAAUCGUAGCCCAAAAAUUGGUUCUGGAAAUGAUAGAUUAAAAGAACUUCCACCUAAGAUCAUCAAUGACCCACGAAGUUGCCUCUCCUUGGAGGUCAUCUCUGGUCCCUCUACCGGGCUUCACUGUUCGGUCAAUUCGACAAGUGCUUCCAGGCUCCCACUUACUCUUGGAAGGGUUUCUCCAAGUGAUUUAUUAUUGAAAGAUUCUGAAGUCUCAGGGAAGCAUGCAUUGAUAAACUGGAAUUCUGAUAGAUUAAAAUGGGAGCUGGUAGACAUGGGUAGCCUAAAUGGAACACUAUUAAACUCUCAGCCGGUUAACCACCCUGAUUCUGGCAGCAGGCACUGGGGUAAACCGGUGGAGCUUGCAAGUGGAGACAUAAUAACUUUGGGCACCACCUCCAAUGUAUACAUUCAAAUUACAGCUCCGAAUGAGUGCCAUAUCCCCUUUGGGGUUGGUGUAGCAUCAGAUCCUAUGGCUUUGCGCCGAGGAGCAAAGAAACUUCCAAUGGAAGAUGUGUGCUACUAUCAAUGGCCUAUUCCUGGGGUUGAUCAGUUUGGACUGUUUGGUAUUUGUGAUGGACAUGGUGGUCAAGGGGCUGCCAAAUCUGCGAGCAUAAUUCUGUCUGAGGUGGUUGCUUCUAUUUUGUCGGAUUCGCUGAAAAGAGAGAGGGUGUUGUUGCAACGUGAUGCUUCUGAAGUUCUUAAGGAUGCAUUUUUACAGACAGAAUCCCGCAUGAAUCAUUAUUAUGAGGGCUGUACUGCAACAGUGCUUUUGGUGUGGAUUGAUGAUGGUGAAAAUUUCUUUGUGCAAUGUGCAAAUGUUGGGGAUUCAGCUUGUGUUAUGAACAUUGAUGGGAAGCAGAUUAAGUUGACAGAAGAUCAUAGAAUAACUAGCUCUUCUGAAAGAUUGCGAAUCCAAGAAACUGGAGAACCGUUGAAAGAUGGGGAAACUCGGCUUUGUGGUUUGAACCUUGCUCGAAUGCUCGGGGACAAAUUUCUAAAGCAGCAGGACUCCCGUUUCAGUUCAGAACCUUACAUAAGUGAGGCUGUUUAUAUUGAUGGAAGAGGAGGGACCUUUGCACUAAUAGCAAGUGAUGGCUUCUGGGAUGUCAUCGGUGUUAAGAAGGCAAUCCAAUUAGUGCUUCAGGCAAGAGAGAAAUUCACAAGUGAGGAGAAUUCCGCAGAGAAGGUUGCAAAUAGUCUGUUGAAUGAGGCUAGAACAUUGCGGACAAAGGAUAAUACCUCUAUAAUUUUUUUAGAUUUUAACAGCAGAUCCAGUAUCUCUGGUUGUAAAGUUGAUUCUUAAAUAUAAGUUAUAAAGUUUAGCGUACAAUUUUGCACCUC